UUUGGUCUUCGUGUCGUGGAUCUGGAUAAGGGUCACAAGUUUUUCUGCUGAAGGAUUCAGUCGGAGAAGUCGACACACACAGCAGCCAUGGCAGGCAAAGAAGAGAGGAAGGACCCCAAGAAAAAAAGUGCUACUGUCUGUGGCUUCCCAAUAAGCAUCUUUUUCAUUGUGGUCAAUGAGUUCUGCGAGCGUUUCUCCUACUAUGGCAUGCGAGCCGUGCUGGUGCUGUACUUCAAGUACUUCCUGCGGUGGGAUGAUGACUUCGCCACCACUAUCUACCACACCUUUGUGGCUCUCUGCUACCUGACGCCCAUCCUGGGAGCCAUCGUGGCGGAUUCGUGGCUCGGCAAGUUCAAGACUAUUGUUUACCUGUCCAUCGUUUAUACGCUGGGACAGGUUGUCUUGGCAGUAAGUGCUAUCCAUGACAUCACAGAUGCAAACAGGGACGGCACCCCGGACAACAUGACCGUCCACGUAGCUCUGUCCAUGGUGGGGCUGAUGCUCAUCGCCCUGGGUACAGGGGGCAUCAAACCCUGCGUGGCGGCCUUCGGUGGGGACCAGUUUCAAGACCACCAGGAGAAGCAGAGAAGCACCUUCUUCUCCAUCUUCUACCUGUCCAUCAACGCUGGCAGUCUGCUGUCCACCGUCAUCACCCCCAUCCUCAGAGCUCAGGAGUGUGGAAUAUACACCCAGCAGAAGUGCUACUCACUGGCCUUCGGCGUCCCCGCUGCUCUCAUGGUGGUGGCUCUGAUUGUGUUCAUUAUCGGAAGUGGUAUGUACAUUAAGACCCCCCCUCAAGGCAACAUCAUGGUGAAAGUCUGCACCUGCAUCGGGUUCGCCAUCAAGAACCGCUUCAGCCAUCACGCUGCUCAAUCCCCAAAGAGAACCCACUGGAUGGACUGGUCCGAGGAGAAAUACGAUAAACUCCUGAUAGCCCAGGUGAAGAUGGUGCUGAAGGUGCUGUUCCUCUACAUCCCUCUGCCCAUGUUCUGGGCUCUCUUUGACCAGCAGGGCUCCAGAUGGACCCUCCAGGCGACCACCAUGGACGGCAACUUUGGAUUUCUCAUAAUCCAGCCCGAUCAGAUGCAGACCGUCAACCCCAUCUUGAUCCUGGUUUUGGUGCCGAUCGUGGAGAGUGUGAUCUACCCGCUGAUUUCCAAGUGCAAAAUAAACUUCAGCCCCUUGAGGAGGAUGACUGUGGGGAUGUUGUUCGCUGCCCUCGCGUUCAUCGCUGCUGCCCUGAUCCAGAUGCAGAUCGAUGAAACCCUGCCCAAGUUCCCAUCGAGCACCGAAGGCCAAGUGAAGUUCGUCAACAUGAAUAACAGAUCGGUGGACAUCACAGCUGGGACCAACGUGUUCACCUUGGGGAAUUUCACGGCCAAUGAGGAGUACCUGACCUUUGACCAACCAUUUGUAUUGAAUAUGGAGCCCGGUGCCUAUAACCAAAUCACUUUCGUGAACGGCAGUCGGACCACCAUGGUCAUCGUUCCGGACAUGCCCCUUCCCAUACCGUUCACCGACAUCACAGCAAAGCCGGAGCAGGGCGCUAAUGCUAUCAGAUUUUUCAACGGUUUUGGCUCUGUUUUGAACAUAACGGUUGGUAGCCUGGACUUAACGGACAUCGUCACCAACAACAUGUCCGACUACGUCGCGCUACAGCAGGGAUCCGCUCGGUUCCGGAUCCAGAGGUCGGCUGAAGAGUGCAUCUACAGCCAGGACCUGGGCUUCGGCAGCUCUUACACCUUGAUCAUCCCGCCGACGUUCGCAUUUGGACCUAAUUGCGAGCAGAGCAUCCGACCCGUGGUGGACAUCAGGCCCAACACCAUCCACAUGGCCUGGCAGAUUCCGCAGUACUUCCUCAUCACCGUAGGGGAGGUGGUCUUCUCCGUCACUGGCCUGGAGUUCUCCUACUCACAGGCGCCCAGCAACAUGAAGUCCGUGCUGCAAGCCGGUUGGCUCUUAACCGUUGCAGUUGGCAACAUCAUUGUGCUCAUUGUCGCCGAGGCUGCGACGCUCCCAGACCAGUGGGCCGAGUACAUCCUCUUCGCCUCUCUGCUGCUGGUGGUGUGCGUCGUCUUUGCCGUCAUGGCCCACUUCUACACCUACAUCGACCCGGCCAAGAUAGAGGCCCAGUUCGCCCACAAGGACCCCGAAGAGAAGGAGAAGAGGAGGAGGAGCGUGGAGAUGACCAGGAAGGACUCGGUGGAGCAUAGCAAGGAGGACAGGAGGAGUUCCAGCGCUAACCAGGAGGAAAGACAGACCAGGAUCUGAGGCGACCCCUUACGUUUCAUAGCCUUUUAUGGAGAACACAUACAAACUAUUCCAACAUUUGUAUUUAUUUCCAAGCAAAGUUUUGUCCCUGUAAUAUUUUGUCCCUGUUGUAUGUAUAUAUGAUGUUGUGUUCCAGGGUACAAUAGGAACAGAAAUAGCUUCAUCAUAUUCAAAGUCAUUUGGUUUUGUUCUGGGAGAAUACUGCCCUGUGAUAACAGCUGCCGGCACGGUGUUGACGUUAAUAAAGUUGCACACACAGGUUUCUUCUG